AUGGUAAGCAUAGCUGCUGGUCCGGCUAGUCUAUUAAGCGAAGAGGACGAGGCACAUUUAAGCAAUGUUCUACGUUCGGCUACCCGGUUCAAGAACUUGCCCCAGUUGAAAAGUCGACCACCACCAAGUGAACGUACUUUGAAGGAUGGAGAGAUACCCUCUUACGUUACUGAGUAUUCUCCUGUGGUACAUCUAUAUUCGGAGGAACGAUAUCUUCCCUAUGACAUAGCCGGCUUCGUCAAGCAUUUCCAUGGAGAAUACGAAAAUGGCACUAGGAUCAAUCACAUUGGCAAGAAGGGCCACUUGAGGAUUGAAGAUUUGGAAAAAUUGGCUCCCCUCUCCACCAAAGAAAGCAAGGUAUAUCUGACAUCCAAUGAGGAUUUCGAUACCGAUCCGGAAUGGCUUACAGGAUUAGCCAAUAUGCCUAGUUACUACAAUGGAGAGAUUAAAAAUGCUCCUGCAACACUCAUUGUCGUUGAUAAGGGUAAUGGAUGGAUUGAUGCAUACUGGUUUUACUUUUAUUCUUUUAAUCUGGGGCCAUUUGUGAUGGGGUUUGGACCAUUUGGUGAUCACGUAGGUGAUUGGGAGCAUUCCUUGGUCAGAUUCUAUAACGGCGAACCUGUCAUAGUGUGGAUGUCUGCACAUGGAGGCGGAGGGGCUUAUUUUUAUAAGAAUCUUGAAAAAUGGGCUGGAACUAAACAUCCUGUGAUAUUCUCUGCCAGAGGUACCCACGCCAACUAUCCUAGUACAGGACAACAUGCACAUGACACACCUUACUCGAUAUUGAGUGAUUUUACGGAUAGAGGACCUCUAUGGAACCCGUCGUUGAAUUAUCUAGCUUAUACUUACGAUGGAGUGGAGGUUACCUAUGCGAAUGGCUCGAGACCAUUUCGUGAAGCUCAGUAUGGAAAUUGGCUUCUUUAUAAAGGAACGUGGGGUGAUAAGAAAUUGGUACCAGAAGAUCCAAGACAGCAUUGGUCACCGUUCGAAUGGAAAUACCUUGAUGGACCUGCCGGCCCGUUGACAAAAAACUUGGAAAGAAUCUCGCCUUGCCAAAGACAUAAGUGGUGGAACUUCUGGAAUGGCUGUAACGUUCGGAAGUACAUCAAAUAUGGAGAUGGAUUUUUCGAUAAGGAGGGAGAUAAUAGCUGUGGAAGUUUGUAUAAUAUGAUCAGGCCAGGUAUUUUGAAGACUACAAUAGAGACGAUAACUUGGGGAGGAUGGUUUUGCUGGAUUAUGGAUCUAAUAUUUGGAUAG